CCACAUAGAUAUUUUGAGGUGACUGCUUCUUGCUUUUUAACUAGAUUCCCCUGCAAAGACACAAAAGUGUAGCUGCUAAUAUGUUGAUGAAUUUCACUGGAUGGUUGCCAGCACCAUCACUACUACUACUACAUAUAAUGACAGUAUAGUGCAUAUAAUGAAAGAAAAUGAGUAUCUCAACUGUUAUAAACUCGCUCAACUCAAAACCCAUGUAUGAGCGCGCAACAGAACGAUUGAAGAGACUGAAACAGCUAGCUAUCCACCUAUAUCCUGAUAGCUCUUAACAUGGUUGACUUGUGAAUAGUAUUCCACCUGCCGGAAUACGUCACUGUCACCUUGGCCAAUCACGCUACUGCAGUGAAAAAAGCAUUUUCUCGGCGCUCUUGGAAAUUCCACUGGUGCUUUAAUUAAUGAAUGGGAGAGGAUGAAGGACCUGGCCGCUGCACAACCGGAAAUCUGAGAAAGGGACUUGGUUCAACAGAAGUGAACUGCAAUUUUAUGGGACGAGUGGAUCUAACAAGAGUGGACCGAGUCAUUAACCUUAUUGCUAGUGGGUGUACUCACACUUUUUUUACGUCUCCAAAAGCUUGCUGUCACAAUGACACAAUUGGAGGACCACGCUCCAGUGGACAGCAGGAAUAUUGAACUGCACUCCACCGAGAGGUGACUCCCAGGAAAUUCACUGCUGAAACUUUGAAUAAUGCCAGGCUGCAACAAUGAACCUGAACACCAGCAGCACAGAGCCCAGCUUAUACCAGAGCCACAGUCCCCCAGGAAUGAGAGCCUACCAAGAAACAGACAUCCGUCCCAGAAACCCCUGGCUGGAACGUCAAAAUGGGGCCAACAAUGACUCCUUCAGCAGAAACUCCAACCUGACUAGUCUGUACAAUGCUACCCUAGCCCCCACCAUGGCUUACGACCCCCUUGGGGGUCACACCAUCUGGCAGGUCAUCCUAAUCAUCUUCUUCACGGGGUCCUUGUCCCUGGUGACUGUCAUUGGCAACAUCCUUGUCCUGGUGUCCUUCAAGGUUAACAAGCAGCUGAAGACGGUCAAUAACUACUACCUGCUAAGCCUGGCGUUUGCUGACUUGAUAAUUGGUGUGAUUUCUAUGAACCUCUACACCACGUACAUUAUAAUGAACCAGUGGGCCUUGGGCAACUGGGCCUGCGACUUGUGGCUCGCCAUUGACUAUGUGGCCAGCAAUGCCUCUGUCAUGAACCUGUUAGUCAUCAGCUUUGACAGGUACUUUUCAGUCACCAGGCCCCUCACAUACCGGGCCAAGAGAACCACCAAGAGAGCCGUGACCAUGAUCGUACUGGCGUGGUUCAUCUCUUUUGUCCUCUGGGCCCCCGCCAUUUUGCUCUGGCAGUUCUUUGUGGGGGAACGUACGGUCCCACCUGGAGAGUGCCAAAUCCAGUUCCUCUCUGAGCCCAUCAUCACCUUCUGUACGGCAAUAGCAGCAUUUUACCUGCCGGUCACCAUCAUGACCGUGUUGUACUGGAGGAUCUACAAGGAGACAGAGAACCGCUCGAAGGAACUGGCCGGUUUGCGCGUCUCGGGGAACCAGGGGGAGCCGACUAAACAGACCGGGAGCUCCCGCAGCUGCAGCAGCUAUGAGCUCAACCAGCCAGCACGGAAGAGCUCCACCCAGAGGCUGGGAGGUCGUUUCCGCUUUUGGCCCCUGACCAAAUCGUCAAAAUCCAGUAACGAGGGGGAGCCGGAGCACAGCAGCAGCGACAGCUGGAACAACAACGAGGCUGGGGCGUCUAUGGAGCAGUCCGACUCGGACGAGGAGGAGAUACCCGAGUCCCGUGCCAUUUAUUCCAUCGUCCUGAACAUGCCCGGCAUGAAGCGGGCCAUCAACUCUCAGCUCACGUCCUCCGAGGACCUGGAUGUGUCAGAGGAGGAUCCCCUCAAGCCCAACAGAGACAGCAGAACCUUAGCCAGAGACAGGAGUGACAAAGAGUGCAACAGCUACCACCAGCGCUUCUCCAAGACACCGGUCCAGUCCAUGCCCUCCAUAGAAUUGUCCAAGCCCCCAAACACCCAGGCCGCUCCUUCUAAGUCCCCCUCGAUGCCCAUAUCCUUCAAGGACGCCGCCAUGGCCAAGCGCUUCGCCACCAAGGCGAAAACUCAGAUCACCAAACGCAAGAAAAUGUCCCUGGUGAAGGAGAAGAAGGCCGCCCAGACCCUGAGCGCCAUCCUGUUUGCCUUCAUCAUCACGUGGACACCGUACAACAUCAUGGUGCUGGUGAACACCUUUUGCAACGACUGCAUUCCCGAGACGUGGUGGGCCCUGGGCUACUGGCUCUGCUACGUGAACAGCACGGUGAACCCCAUGUGCUACGCCCUCUGCAAUAAGACCUUCCGGACCACUUUCAAAAUGAUCCUGCUGUGCCAGUGGGACGACCAGAAGCGCAACAAGUCGCAGUUUCAGCAGAGGCAGGCCGUGGCUUUCCGGCGAAAGAUGGGGGAGACCCAUAGUGUAGCCCUCUGAGUCAACCGCGUGUGAUGCGGUGUCCGGGCAGGGGCAAAACACUGGGAUCGGGACUGCGUCGGGGGCGCUCGUAAGAGCCGACGCAAAGCCACUCCCAUAAAAACGUCCUCUCCGAAUUCUUGUUAGUGUCACAAAAGAUCCACGGCGUUUACUAUGAGAAGGUGUCAAUGGGUCACUGGUAUAUUUUUACAAAAAAAGGGCUUUAAACUACUAAAAUACUGAAGCACGCAGUACGUUGAUUCUUAGUACUGUUGUUGUAAACUUUAUUUAACCUGUACUCAUAUUUAAUGUCGACGACUUGGGUGUUACCUUUCAAGUGGACAAGUAUGUUUAAGUGAAUCAGACCAUUUGGAUAUCUAAACAUUGUCAUGGAGUUUCUCAGUGUUAUACUUUAUUUUCCUCUUAUUAUGUGGAUGUUUUUAAGUGCCAUGAAUGUGUCAAUUUUCAUUGGCUUCAGUCGGCCAGUUCUACCAUUUCACCACUGACCAAUUUAUACGUUUUGUUGUUUUGUGCGGUGACACUUUUGCAAAUAUUGUUAUUGUGGUGGUCUCUGUUGUUGUGAUUUACAAUAAGACAUGUUGUGACCUGUUGUAACAGCUGCUUAACUCUUUAAUGUGAGGUGGUAUUUACAUGAUUUUUGACAAGUAUUUUAAAUGGCAUCUCCAUAAAUCCAAUUUUAUAUUUGUUAUAAAAAAUACUUGUAAAAUGGUUGCUUAAAGCUUAUGAAUGUGUAUGCUCUGUAAUUUGAGUAAAGAUUUUAAGAGGUACCCUCACACCUUUCCAAAGGAUUGUAAAAAGACAUCAAUUCCGUAUUCAUCACAUUACAAAAACUUUCGUAUUCUUUUCUGUGUCACCAAAUUAGUAAAAUAGAUAUAUAAAAAAUAGAUCUUAUAAAUGUGUAUUUGCAUUGCUGAUGCUGAGGCAACACCCUUUUUGACCAGAUUAUAACUGUAGAGCAGUGCAACAGUGACGCCUAGUGGAAAUACAAUACCUUCCCCCCUUGUCUUCUUGAAAGAAAAUUGAAUUUUUAGAUGCAAUUAAAUACAGCGUUACUGAGUGAAUAUUCUGGCAGCAUCGUGGUAUAAAUGCAUAUUCUUUUAAAGUCAGACAAAAGACUUAGCCAAGUGUGUAACAUAUAUGCACUUGCUAAACAUGUUCAAUAUGCAGCGGAAUUAGUGUGAAAAUACCGUACCAAGGUAUGGAUACGUUUUUAUGUAUUUUUUUAUAUGAACCAUGACAUAUAAAGUGUUAUUGGACACAGCACAAGGUGUUCCACUUUUUAUUUAAAAGAUGUGUGGAAUUUUUAAAUGCACCCUCAAUUUUCUGACACAAACAAAAUAUUGAAUCUUUGACGAUGCAACACAAAAUGGAGCCCUGCUUACUAAGAUGCUGAAGUGUAUAUAUGCACUGUAAAAUCUAGAGAGGUAAAAGGCAACUUUCACCCUACUGUGUUAUGUUCAUUCUAAGCCAAAUGUCCCCCAAUUUAAGAAGGUCUACAUACUAUAAGGACGACAGAAGACAGAAUAUUUAUUGUGUACGAUUUGAGGGCUGUAUAUUUUUAAGUUGUAGUUGCCACUUAUUAAUAAUUUGCAUAAUGUAAAUAUGAAUGUGUAAUCAAACUGCAUUGUGAUAAUGCUUUAGUCAGAUGUCCAUCCUUCUGUGGAGCAUUAUGGGUUGAAGGGACACUUAGAUUAUUUAUUUGUGGCAAGCAGUGAAAGGGUUUGAUUGGACAUAUUAAAUUAAAAACCUACAAGCGGGGUAAAUUAAAAGGGUGAUAAAAAAUCCUGAGUUUGGAAAAUUCUCCAGAGAUUAUAUCGUAAUAUAACCUCUAUGGACAGAAGUGUUUUACAUGUGGUUAAUUUCAUAGAACAAUGCUGAUUCAGCCGAACAACUAUUUUUCAUAUGUUCUGCAAUAGCUUUCAUUACUUUCUUACCUCCGUCCUGUUCGUAUAGAUGGAGGCAAUAAAUGGAAAAAAUAGAAGCAAUCCACCCAGCCUCAUACUUGUUAACUCUCUUGGUCGAAUAUUGAAUGGCUACACAUAAUCAUAUGACUAAUAAUGAGAUAAUGCGGCUAAUUUGUUCCAAUUAAGUGGAUUAUGACCCGCAGGAAACAAGUUAUAUAACCUUUGUUUCUUAAUAAAUCGGGGCAUAACCAUAUCAUCACUACACACAGAAAUGACUGUAGCCAAACAUCUGCUAGGUAAUGUAAUGAAGUGACACUAUUAUCUGAUGAAAGGAAAGAUAAUACUGCUAAAACUUUUUACACUCGCUCCCACCUUCCUCCCACAAGACCUGGUUAGGUCUACUCAAUCAUAUCAUGUUGCAGUACUUCCUAGAACCUUCUCUGCAUCAUAGAGGGCUGACAGGAUACAUUUAUAAAUCAGAAUUUUUUUAUGCACAUUCAGUACAUUCAGCAGAAUACUUUCCCUGGCAUUUGUUUCCUAGCACAUGCCAACAUUUUCCAGAAAACACAAAGAUCAUUUUGGUCUCCGAAUUCCUACAUACUCUGAAUGGUAACACAAAGUUCAAGUAGGCCGAAGCUGCAGAUGUUCUCAGAUGUUCUUAAGUGUUCUUUUUACAGGUCUUUCUAACCUCAUUUACGAACCCUUUUUGGCACAGGCUUUGUUUCUGCGUGAAAUAAGAGGAAUGAUAUGUGCGUGACGUCGCAAAGUAACCGCUCCUUAAAUGUGCAAUUGCCAGACAAAGCUGAAUAACUGUGGAGGCAAUACCCUUUCAGACCCUGAAACAAAGAUUGUACCCAAGGCUCUUGUGUGUGACAUGUUUCCAAUUACCUUUAUUUUGAGGAGCACUACAGCACUAAAAAAGAAUAAAUGCUUUAAAAAAGCUCAGAUAUACUGAAAUUUUCACCUGAAAAAUGCAGUAUGUCUUGAAGGACUGUAUAUGAAUGCUUGCUGGACAUUUACACCAAUGACAUUUAUGUAUUUUCAGCUUGAGGGGAUGAACAGGUGUUCAACUGUUCAUUGUCAGGAAAUACAUUUCUGCUGAUUUCUGAAUCAUUUGCAGCAAUGUUAGCCCAGACUCAAAUCCAAAAUCUGGAGCAGAGAAGUGCUAAUAAAAGUUAAGAACAAAUCUUUAUCUUUAUGUGCCCUAAUCAUUAUUUUUUGUAUGUAAAAGUGUAUUAUUUUUCAGUAUUAUAUAUUUAAUUCUUAAUUUUUGUAAAUUGUAAUUUUUAUUUAAUGAUUUAUUGCCAGGUGAGUUUCGGACAAACAGGAGAACAGAGACUCUUGGGUUAGUUCACCAUUGGUUUUCAUUUUAUCCCCGUGGAUGCGAUUGACUUGUGGUUUAUAUAUUUUGAUUUUAUGAAUUGUAAGGUAAACAUUCACUAUGUAAUCAGCACAAACUGCAUGUCUGGUGAAGAUGUGACAAGCUGUCAUAUGCCGACCCCGGCCAUGCAUUUUUAUGAGAAAAGGAUUUCAGUGAGGGUUUCAUUUUAAGAGAAUAAAUCGUUCCUAGCUUUUGUAUAGGCAUUUAACAUUGCUUCAGGAGGAAGUCUUAAACUGUGAAGUGGUUCUGUGCUGUGUUGAUGAAUUUGUGCAUUUACGAGCAUUAAUUCAGGCCUACCUUAUAUGGCAAAGAGGCUUUUUAAGUUAUGUUUUUUUAUUGUUAUUCAAUUGUUUCUUGCAGUUUGUUGAUACAUUUAACACCAUGAAAAUAGCAUUCUCUGUCUUUUUGUACACGGAAUUUCCACUCAUGGCCAUGUUUUUAAACACAGUCAUUUAUAUAAUGUCUAUGGAUUGCUUUUAAACAGCAAUAAAUAUGAAAAUAUUG